AAAUACCUGAACCAAGGAGAAGCUGCCACCAUCUCCUCUGUGGACUCCUGUAACCAAAGCAGAACUUUGUUUUUGUUUUUGUUUUCAGUGACAUCUGGCUGAUUCUCCUAAGCGGAGAAGAGCAGGAGUUCACGUAAAAAGGAAUGGCAGAAAUGAAGGAUGUUUUUGGUCAGGAACCACAUCCAGUUGAAGAUGAUUUAUAUAAAGAACCAAUGAGAAAAAGAAGGAAAUCAGAUCGAGACCAGCGUUUCCGAGCAUUUCCCUCUGUGGAGCAGAGCGCUCUUAAGGAAUAUGAAAAAUUGGAAUCACGGACCAGAAGAGUUUUGAGCAACACUUAUCAGAAACUUAUUCAGUCUGUCUUCCUGGAUGAUAGCAUCCCUAAUGGAGUCAAAUAUCUCAUAAAUAGGCUCCUUGCCUUGAUUGAAAAGCCGACAGUGGACCCAAUCUACAUUGGAUUAUUUGGAAGCACUGGGGCUGGGAAGAGCUCCCUGAUCAAUGCCAUCAUCCAGCAAGCAAUGUUUCUACCGGUGUCUGGAGAAAGCAUAUGUACUUCCUGCAUUGUACAAGUGAGCUCCGGCUGCUGUGCACAGUAUGAGGCCAAAAUCCACCUUCUGUCUGACCAGGAGUGGAGGGAGGAGCUGAAGAACCUGACUAAACUCCUGCACAGGACGGAGGAGCUGGGCAGAGAAGAGGCAGAUGCAUGGAACAGGGAUGAGGCAGUGGAAGAAGCCACCUGGAAGCUACAAAUGAUUUAUGGAAAUGGGGCAGCAAGUAAGAACUAUGAGGAGUUACUGAGGGCGAAGCCCAAAAGGAAGAUCCCCACCUCCAGAGUCAUCACCCUCAAGGCGGAAGAGGCAGAAGAGCUGUCCAUCAAGCUGGACCCCUACAUCCGCACACAGAGGAGAGAUUGGGAUGGAGACGCCGCUGAGAUGCAUAUCUGGCCCUUGAUCAAACAUGUGGAAGUGACUCUUCCCAAAUCCGACCUGAUCCCAGAAGGGGUCGUGCUGGUGGACAUCCCAGGCACAGGCGACUUCAACAGCAAGAGGGACGAGAUGUGGAAAAAGCAAGCUAUUCAGAGUCAGCGAGAGGCUGUUUUAGAAAGAAAUGAAAUGAUAAAACUACAAAGGACUAGAAUUCUCAAGGAAAAACUGAAGAGAAAACUGCCAGCUGACUUCAAGGUUCUGGAAGCCUCAGAUCUGGUGUAUACAGUCAGCGCCCAGGAGUACUGGCAGCAGGCUCUCCUCACCGAGGAGGAAACGGAAAUCCCUAAGUUAAGAGAAUACGUCAGGAAGAGGCUCUUGGACAAGAAGAGGAGGACGGUGACCAAGUAUGUGACUGAAGCCUUUGGCCUGUUGCUCCUCACAGAUAGUUUCAGCUCCACACAAAACCUGCCGAAUGAACACUUGCACAUGAGUGUCCUGCGGAGAUUUGCGGAAGAGAAGGUUGAGCUGCUGGAGAAGGCCAUCGGGCAGUGCUUCGCCUGCAUGGAGCAACCUCUACAAGAAGGGGUCAGGACCGCCAGGACUUCUUACCGCUGCAUCCUCAGGGCAUGCUUGGUGAGGAGUAAAGGAAACCAAGGUUUUCAUCAGACCCUGAAAGCUGUUUGCCUGAAAAAUGGCAUCUAUGCCUCCAGGACUCUGGCAAGAAUUGAUCUAAACGAAGCCCUCACUCAGCCCAUCUAUGACCAGAUCGACCCUGUUUUUGGAAGCAUUUUUAGGACGGGGAAGCCCACUGGUUCGGCUCUGAUGCCUCACAUUGAUGCUUUUAAGCACUCCCUGCAGGAGAAAAUGACAGAAAUUGGGAUAAGAAGUGGCUGGAAAUAUGAUAGCUGCAAAAAAAAUUUCCUGAUCCAGGAGAUAAGCGCCAUCCUCGGGGGCCUGGAAGACCACAUCCUCAGAAGGAAGAGGAGGGUCUAUGAGUCCCUCACCGCCUCUGUCCAGAGCGACCUGAAGCUGUGUUACGAAGAGGCAGCUCAGAUCACGGGCAAAAAAGCGUGUGAGCGGAUGAAAGAUGCCAUCAGAAGAGGAGUGGACCGGCAGGUGGCUGAGGGCAUGUUUGAAAGGGCCCAGGAAAGGAUGCAGCACCAGUUUCAGCAGCUGAAGACUGGGAUCGUGGAGAAGGUGAAGGGCAGCAUCACCACCAUGCUAACCCUUGCUUCGUCCCAGGGGGAUGGCCUCUACAAGGAGCUUGCAGAUGUCGGGAGUGAAUACAAGGAGAUGGAGAAGCUGCACAGAAGCCUGAGGGAGGUUGCGGAGAAUGCACGGCUGAGGAAGGGCAUGCAAGAGUUCCUCCUGAGGGCAUCCCCCAGCAAGGCUGGCCCCCCUGGGACAUCACUGUAACUCCUGGGGUUUAGUCUCAAUGGAUGAAAAAUAAGCCCAGAGCCAGAGAAUUAGAAUUACUUUUUUUGUUCUUAAGAGACAGGGUCUACCUCUGUUGCCCAGGCUGGAGUGCAGUGGCACCAUCACAGCUCACUGCAGCCUUGAACUCCUGGGCUCAAGCAAUCCUCCAGCCUCAGCCUCCAGAGCAGCUGGGGCUACAGGUACAGGCCACCAGCCUGGUAAUUUUUUUUUUUUUUUUUCCUGAGACAGAGUCUUGCUCUGUCACACAGGCUGGAGUGCAGUGGCAUGAUCUCGGCUCACUGCAACCUCCGCCUCCCAGGUUCAAGCAGUUCUCUGCCUCAGCCUCCCAAGUAACUGGGAUUACAGGCGUGCGCCACCACACCUGGCUAAUUUUUGUAUUUUUAGUAGAGACGGGGUUUUACCAUCUUGGCCAGGCUGGUCUUGAACUUUCGACCUCGUGAUCCACCUGCCUCGGCCUCUCAAAGUGCUGGGAUUACAGGCGUGAGCCACCGUGCCCGGCCCACACCUAAGUAAUUUUUUAAUUUUUUGUGGAGAUGGCGUCUUGCUCUGUUGCCCAGGCUGGUCUCAAACUCCUGGCCUCAAGUGAUUCUCCCACCUCAGUCUCUUGCACUAGGAUUGCAGGCAUGAGCCAUCGUGCCUGGCUUAGAAUUUUUUCUGUUUUGUGAAAUCUAAUAGAGGACUUCUGUCAACUAUUUGGACUUUGUAUGCAAUAUAAAACUAGUAUGUUUACUACAUUCUAUUUUAUAGCCCAAAAAGAGUCAUCUUCAAUACCUAAUGGAGUUCUAAAGCUUUAGGACAAGAAACUUUUGCUUCCUCAAAAAUAUCUAAACAUUGCUGGGCACGGUGGCUCACUUCCAUAAUCCCAGCACUUUGGGAGGCCGAGGCAGGCAGAUCAUGGGGUGAAGAGAUGAGACCAUCCUGGCUAACACAGUGAAACUCCAUUUCUACUAAAAAUACAAAAAAUUAGCCGGGCUUGGUAGCAUGUGCCUGUAGUCCCAGCUACUUGGAAGGCUGAGGCAGGAGAAUUGCUUGAACCCAGGAGGUGGAGGUUGCAGUGAGCCAAGGUAGCGCCACAGCACUCCAGCCUGGACAACAGAGCGAGACUACGACUCAAAAAAACAAAACAAAACAAAAAAAUAUAUAUAUAUACACACACACAUACACACACACAUAAAAACUUAAACAUUAUAGAAAAAACAUUUCUAGAUAUAAAACAAGCCAUAAAAAGAAAUUCAUCCUUCAAAGAAGAAAAACAUCUAAACAUUGAAAAACUUAAGUAUUAUGGAAAACAUUGCAAAAUAAAGCUUUUAGGAAUCCAA